AUGUCUGUGACUCGUGAAGAUUACGUUUACUUGGCCAAGUUGGCGGAGCAAGCGGAGCGGUAUGAGGAAAUGGUCGAAAAUAUGAAGUCUGUGGCUUCCUCCGGCCAGGAGUUGUCGGUUGAAGAGCGUAACUUGCUUUCGGUUGCUUACAAGAACGUGAUCGGUGCUCGUCGUGCGUCGUGGAGAAUCGUGUCUUCCAUAGAGCAAAAGGAGGAAUCGAAGGAGAAAUCCGAACAUCAGGUUAAGUUGAUCCGUACCUACCGUUCGAAGAUCGAGUCUGAAUUGACCAAGAUUUCCGACGAUAUCUUGUCUGUGCUUGAUUCGCACUUGAUCCCUUCUGCCACGAGCGGGGAAUCUAAAGUUUUCUACUACAAGAUGAAAGGUGAUUACCACCGUUAUUUGGCGGAAUUCUCGAGCGGUGAGGUUAGGGAGAAGGCUACCAGCGCUUCUUUGGAGGCUUACAAGACCGCGUCAGAGAUUGCAACCACUGAACUGCCCCCAACUCAUCCAAUCCGUUUGGGUUUGGCUUUGAACUUCUCUGUCUUCUACUACGAGAUUCAAAACUCUCCAGACAAGGCGUGCCAUUUGGCCAAGCAAGCGUUCGACGAUGCCAUCGCAGAGCUAGACACUCUAUCAGAGGAAUCCUACAAGGAUAGUACGCUGAUCAUGCAAUUGUUGAGAGAUAACCUAACUUUGUGGACUUCAGACAUGUCCGAAGCAGCUCAGGAGGACCUGUCACAGCAACAGCAACAGCCUGCUGCUGCCCCCAACGCUGAUGCUCCAGCCGAAGGCCAAGCUCCAAAGCAAUAG